UUUAGUUCUAAACACAGUACUAUUUUAGCAGGAAGUAGAAUUGUAUCAAGUAACUAGACUUUACUUGCUUAUUUUGCCGACAAAGAGGUCAUUGUACUCGUGAAGGAUGAUAGAGGCGGCUAGCUGAUUGUUGUGACGGAUUGAAGAUGAAGAAGUUUUCGGCAAGAGGCUUAAAAAUAACGUUUCAUCGAAGGAACCACGAGACUGGUUUGAGCAAUGACGAAUCUGGGCGAUCGCUGAGUUCAAUAGAAGUGGCUGAACCAGAUAGGCCUAAAACUACCAUGAAUGGCGAAAAGGGGAAGGAGAGCUUCAUGCAGACUGUUAAAAAAAGAUUUCGGACACACAAGAAAAGUCGCGGCAGGAGGGGAUCGGCAACUUCUUCAGAAGACGCUUUUCCAACAACAAUACAAUCGUCGCCCAAACAAGGAAACAAUAUUAGCAGCAGUGGUUUAGAUUAUUAUAAUCGACCACCACGUCCACGACCCUCCGUGUACAGCAGUAUGCGGGACCGUAAUAGACGAUUUACUGGGCCGUUACGUGCCUUUAAUUCAGAAGAGGCCUUGGACAAAUUCGAGGUGCAUGUAGAAGUGCACACCGAGGGUAAAAACGAUAUAGGGAACGGCGGGGGUGUUACUGGGACAAAAGGAGAAGUGACGUCACCGAUUGAAGAAAACAAACCUAUUCCUAACGGUGAUCAUGUCAGUGACCUUUACGAGAAUAUGAAUGUUGAUCAUAAUACUGUGAGACCAUCUAAUGCUCCUCAAACUAAACAUCUAGCACCUGUGAUUGAUUACAGCCCAGUGCAUAUCACACCCAAGGACACCACUGCAGGUGAUCAAUGCAGAAAUUGUACUGGAAAGGACACUGUGAGUCGCAAGGGACCACCUAUACCAAAACGACCCCCCAAAUCAGGUAAAACUUUUAAAGCAGUAACUAUGCAGAAAUACAGUCAGGCUUACAUUGAUAAGGCUUAUGAUACUUAUGAAGUCGAACAGAAAGAUAUGCCAACACCCGUAUAUGAUCUAGUUAAUGAUCAACCACAUAAUAGCCUAACUCGAGAAUUGAACAAAUUGUCAAAAAGACCGUGGUACUGGGGUCCGUUGACUCGCAAUGAAGCUGAAGAAAAACUCAGUAACAUGCCUGAUGGAUCAUUUCUUGUACGUGACAGUUCUGAUGACCGUUAUCUGCUGAGUUUGAGCUUCCGUUCUAAUGGGAAAACGCUGCACACCAGAAUUGAACACUUCAACGGUCUGUUUAGCUUCUAUCCUCAGCAAGAAUCUGAAGGUUACUACUCAAUUGUUGAUUUGAUUGAGCAUUCCAUGAACGACUCUAGAGCGGGUGUCUUUUGCUAUUCCAGAGAACGUUUGCCCGGUGUACGCUCUUAUCCAGUCCGUCUGACUAAUCCUGUGUCCCGUUUCACCAAAGUCCCCUCCCUGCAAUACCUAUGCAGAUUUGUUAUCCGUGAAUUUAUCCGUAGGGAUCAUAUCCAGCGACUGCCACUCCCUAGAAGGAUAAAGGGGUAUUUAGAAGAAAACCACUUUUGAUGUGUCAGCAUAAUAUCAAGUUUGUUUGAGAUGUGCAUAGUAAAUGAUAUAGUGGUUACAUGUGGUCAACUUAUAAUCACACUCCUGGGAGAAAACAGACAUUGUAUUACACAAGAUAUUGAUCAUAUUUCUUUUUUGAGAAUUUUUUUUCUUUAUUUUUAAUAUUCUGCUUUUUAUUAUACUUAAACCCCCAAAGAGUUAAAAAACACACACCCCCUUUACUGCAAUAUUUAUAUUGAUCUAGUGGAGUUAGUGAAUUCAAUGUCCCCUCUACCUUGAGUUUGUUUUUUUCUCACAUGCAGCGUAAUAAUAGUUGAUAUAUCAUAUGUUAAGACUGUAAAUAGAUAUCCCAGAUUGCAGUAAUUCAUAAAUAUUGUUUCCCGUGGAUCUGAUUCUUUUGGCUAAUAUUCCAAAUAUCAUCAUGUUUGCCUGUACACAAUUGUACAUAGUGAAAAGUACUAUGUAUAUUUAGUAGAUUUUUAACAUCGGUAAAUUAACAUGAAGUUGCAAAUUAUUAUUUUUUAUGUGGGAGGAAGUACUCUCUGUUCUUGUUGAUAGAUCAGAUUUCUCUAUAAGAAAUCCAUACAUUUUUUUAAGUAAA